UUUUGAACGUCAAAUUAUGAUGUGAUGUCGAUUGUGUACAUGGCAUAUUUUCAAUUUCUAUGAUUUUUAAUUAAAACAUGAAAUGAAUAAUUAGAUUAUAAGAUACCUUUUUAAGAAUGGCAUUCGUGAGUGCAGUUACCGGUGAUGAUUCCACAAAAAAGUUUAUGGAAGUCUUGCAAAGUGACUUCAAAACACUCAGUUUCGAAACGAAGAAAAAAUAUCCCCAGAUAAGAGAGGCAUGUGAUGAAGCCAUAGAGAAGCUGUCACUGGCAGCCAACAACCCACAGGCCUCUCUGUAUGGUGUGGUCAACCAGAUACUGUACCCGCUGGUGCAGGGCUGCGAGUCCAAGGACCUCAAAAUUAUCAAAUUCUGCCUCGGCACUAUACAACGACUAAUAGCUCAGCAGGGUAUUGAUGCCAAAGGGGCUCGACAUGUGGUCGACUGUUUAUACACACUGGGACAGGCUGGAGUCUUGGAGCUGAAGCUACUCCAAACGGCAGCCCUACUCAUGACUACCUCAGACUUGGUGCAUGGAGACACACUAGCCAGGACAAUGGUGAUGUGCAUGAGGAUGGUCACGAGCAGCGAAACGCGCGACGUCAGCACGAGUCACGCGGCCGCCGCUACCGUGCGACAACUUGUCGCACUCGUUUUCGAACGCGCCCUGGCUGAGGCGAACGGAACGCUCAAAGUGAACCCAGCCGAUGUAAGACCACAGACUAACAGCAAGGCACCUAAAGAUAUGAAGCCCUGCGCGGUGGAUGCUUACCUCAUUUUACAAGACAUAAUCCAGCUGGUGAACGGCGACGCGCCGCACUGGCUGGUCGGUAUCUCGGACGUGCCAAAGACAUUCGGACUGGAACUGUUAGACACAGUUUUGACUGAUUUUUCACCCGUUUUCUUCAAGAUAGCGGAAUUUAGGUUUUUGUUAAAGGAACACGUUUGCGCGUUGAUCAUAAGACUGUUUUCACCAAAUGUAAAAUACAGGGCAGCGUUCACCGGCCUCCACAUACCGGGUGCCACCGGGGCCGCCGGCGCCGCCAGCCCGGGCGGCCCCGAGCGGCCUCAUUACCCCGUCACCAUGCGAUUACUACGUCUAGUCUUAGUACUAGUGCACCAGUACCAUGCCCUGUUGGUGACGGAGUGCGAGAUCUUCCUGUCUCUUACGAUCAAGUUCCUGGAUCCUGACAAGCCGCUGUGGCAACGGGCGUUAGCACUCGAGGUGCUGCACAAGAUGACUAUACAGCCCAAACUGCUGGUAUCCUUCUGUUCCUGCUACGACCUGCGUCCACACGCCACCAACAUCUUCCAAGAUAUAGUCAACGCGCUGGGCGCCUACGUGCAGAGCCUGUUCGUGGCCAGCCAAGUGAACACGUGUGCCGCCGCGCAAGGCAUACCUCAGCAGUCCGGGUUCUACUGGAAGGGAGUAUGGCUUCCGCUCUGCGUCACGUUUGAACCGGGUACCGCCAAGUCCGUGUACUUAGAAAUGCUGGACCGCAACGAAGCACCCACAAUACAAGAUGGCUACGGGAUCUCAGUCGCGUACGCGUGCCUCAUGGAAAUAAUCAGAUCUAUCGCUAUCACUGUCGAAGGGGACGAGUACUUCAGGUUGCAAGAACUAUAUGCCGAGUUGCCGAACGAAAGCGAAGAGAAGGAAAUUAACUCGAAUAAAAAUGGCAACCACGAGAAAGAAACAAAGAGUGAAACCAAAGAAGUGACGAACAACGUUCACAGCGAGAAUGCCGACCAGAACUCUAACGUCGUGGAGCCGAUUAUUGAAGAUGUCGAAGAUAAGGAGAGGCAGCUAAAGUUGCAGCUUCUAAAAUCAUCGUGGUGCGGCCUAGUGUGGGGUCUAUCAGUUCUGGCGGAGGCGAGCAUCGGCGAGCUAGAGAACAUUCUACGUGCCAUACAGACGCUGGCCCGAGUCAGCGGGAAGGUGGGGCACACAGUGGGCCGCGACGCGUGCAUCUCCGCGCUGUGCCGCGCCGCGCUGCCCGCGCAGUACUGCGUGCCGGCGCUCGGCGCGCUGCCGUGCCCGUGGCGGCGCGACGCCGCGCCCGCCCCGGACACCGACCACCGCCACCAGGUCGUGUGGGUCGGGACACCGCUGCCGCAGCACGCUCCUGCAUCUGGCCAACAGCAAUCAUUCGUGAUGGUGACCUCCCGCCACGUGACCGCCAUGAAGGCGCUGCUGUACGCGGCACAGCGCGACGGCGACAGCAUCCAGCAGGCCUGGCUGCCGGUGCUCACCACCCUGCAGCACCUGGUAUGGAUCCUGGGCCUGAAGCCCUCGACCGGCGGGUCCAUGAAGGCGUCCCGCGCCAGCGCAGAUGCCAACGCGGUCAUGAGCACCUCCGCUGUCAUGGCCGACCUGCCAGCGCUGUCAGCAAUGCUGUCAGGAGUGUUCGAGUCGUCAAAGAACCUGGACGACGUCGCGUUGCACCAUCUUAUUGAUGCUCUCUGUAAGCUCAGCAACGAGGCCAUGGAGCUCGCUUAUUCCAACAGGGAGCCAUCAUUGUUUGCGGUUGCCAAGCUUCUAGAAACAGGCCUCGCCAAUAUGCACAGGAUAGAAGUCAUGUGGAGACCCAUCACCAAUCAUCUUUUAGAAGUAUGCCAACAUCCCCACAUACGAAUGCGAGAGUGGGGCGUGGAGGCCAUCACGUAUCUGGUCCAGGCCGCGUUCCAGUACCACCACAAUAACCCUCACCUUGUCAACGAGGCUCGAGAACGCCUCCUACUAGAACCCCUAUCUGAGUUAUGCGCUGUCCGGCACUGCGACGUGCGAGCGAGACAGCUAGAGUGCGCAGCUCGACUGCUCCACUCACGCGGGGAACAGCUCGGCGCAGCCUGGCCGCUCAUGAUGGAGAUCAUCUCUGCCAUAUCCUCGCAGCACAGUGAGCAACUGAUCCGCUCAGCGUUCCAAUGCGCCCAAGUGGUCGCCGGCGACUUACUCGGCUGCGCGGGCCCGCGCUGCCUCCGCCGGGUGCUCACCGCCGCCGCCGCCUUCGCGCUGCAGACCCGCGACCUCAACAUCAGCCUCACGGCCGUCGGCCUCAUGUGGAACAUAUCGGAUUACCUCUACCACAACCGGGACAAACUAACAGCAGCACUAGCGAACGACGCGGCCAUCUGUCCUGAAGUUCCUAACCAUGCCGAACUACCCCCCUUGGAUAAACUGUGGAUGUGUCUCUAUAUUAGACUGAGUGAGCUGUGUACGGAGCCGCGAGCACCGGUCCGGCGCGCCGCCAGCCAGACCCUCUUCAGCUGCAUCGGCGCCCACGGCACCUUGCUGGGCAAGCCCGCCUGGCGCGCGCUGCUGGCCGUGCUGUUCCCCAUGCUGGAGCAGGUCCAAAAACAAUCAAACAUAGCGAGUUCAGAAAAAGUGGACACCGGCGAGCACAUACUUAUACAUCACACCAGAAACACGGCCCAGAAACAGUGGGCUGAAACACAGGUGCUGACAUUAUCAGGGGUGUCGCGAGUGUUCCAUUCGCGGUUCCAGCUGCUCGUCACAGUAGGCGACUUUAACAGGUCUUGGGCAGCCCUGCUUGACUAUAUAACUGACUUUGCGUUAAGGAAGAGUCACGAGGUGUCCGUAGCAGCCCUCAAGUCGUUCCAAGAAGUAGUGUCAGCAGCUGGGCGCGCCGCAGAAGCGGACCCCGACAGCGUGCUGCAGAAGCGCGUGUGGAGCUGCGCCUGGACCGCCUGGACCCGGAUAGCACAAGCCGUGCCCAACACAGACCCAGUGCCAGAGGACGGCAAGCCGGUGGACACGUACGCGCCUUCACUAAACUUCCUCACGACUCUAGUCCAGAUCUUCCCUCUCAUCUUCCAGCACAUAAGACCAACGUUCACCGGUGCGGACGUAGAGAAGCUCGGAGCGUGUUUGUGUCGCAUAUGCAGCGUGCAGCCCGCGCCGUGCGCGCUCGACUCGCUGCCCGCGCCGGCCGCGUGCGCGCCCGUUAGUCUGCACGCCUUACACGCCAUAGACACAGUCCAUAAGGAAGCGCUAUCUCGGCACUUGUUGCUGCCGGCGCUGUUCUCGGCGCUGACGGCCCUGGCCCGCACUGGUUGGGGCGCGGCGCGCACGCGCUGCCUGGCGGCCGCCGCGCAGCUGUACCAGGCCGCGCCGCCCGCCUCCGCGCCGGCGGCACCACAACUGCUGCAGGCUCUCCAUGCAGCAGUGAAGAAGUCGAUAGCGGACAAGAGAAGACAGACUAUAGAUACGCCGGAUGACACGCCGCAGAUUUCCACGCUAUUGUUACAAGUUUUAGCAACGGGUCUGCCGCUGGCGAGGGAGCAACCAGAUGUGUAUGAAGAGUUCUGGGAGACGCUGCCUGGUGUUCUAGAAACCUUCAUGUUUGAAGCGCCCGGCACUGGAACAGACGGGUGCGCGCUCGCACUGGUGGGCGUGAUCCGCGACGAGAUCCUGCGCGGCGCGCCCCGCGUGCCGGCGCGGCAUGUACGUGCCGCGCUGGCGCUGGUGCGCGCCGGCUCGCUGCACGAGCAGCCGCCGCCGCCUCAGAACGAAUUGGAGCUCCGCGAGAGAGAAGAGUUCGCGCGCGCGUGCUUCGAGACCCUGCUGCAGUUCUCCAUGCUCGAGGACGUCGCCUUGUCUGGGGUCGAAGACGAGCAAGACCCCCUGGCCAUAGCGGCGUUACUCGAUAGGUUUCAAGAAGUCAUAUCAAAAUACUCAAGCGACGAGGACAACAGCGAACCUCUACCUAGGCACCAACUAUCCGAGAUCUCAUUCGUGCUGAAAGCCGUUGCGACGUUAGCAGAGUCAAUGCAGCAAGCGCCGCGGAACAAAGUCGAUCCCCAGGCCUGGCAGAAGCUCAUAGGUCUAUACCCGUCGCUGGUGUCGCUGGCGUGCGGCGGGCGCGCGGCGGCGGCGCGCGGAGCCCUGCGCGAGGCGCUGCAGCAGUUCGGCGCCCUGCUGGCCGCGCCGCUCUAGCGCCGGACCGUCUACACUAUACACAUCUAG